AUGGGUGUUCAUGCACCUACCUUUGUUUCACCAGGAAUCACUGGCUAUGGUUCUGCUUUGAGCGUGAAUCGAAGCACAACCCAAUACGUGAGCAUCUCGAACUAUUUUAGUUUGACUUAUACAAGCUUUACAAUUGAAAUGUGGAUAUAUGCAACUGCAUUAGCAAUUGGUGAGUAUGGUUUGUUUUCUCAAUCACAACAACUUUCGAUAAAUCUCAAUUUACACUGCGUUAUACGGAGCUAUCGUAUGUAUAUGGGCUUUUAUGCUAAUGAUGUUAAUAGCACAACUAAUAUCGCAAUCAAUACUUGGUAUCAUGUUGCCUUUGUUUAUAAUUACCCCUUACGACAACAGAUACUCUACUUAAACGGAGUUAAAGUUGGCUUACAUUCUUCAGCGGGACCCUUAGUUAUUACGAGUGGACCAAUAGCUAUUGGAGCGGCAGAUUCCAGCGGAGCAUAUGAUUCUUUCAACGGUUAUAUAGAUCAAGUUUAUUUGAUCACGCGAGCAAAAGAUGCUAGUGAAUUACUUGAUGAUGCUACUCUAGUCACGUGGCACUCAUUCAAUGGAUCAUAUAUUGAUUCUGGUCCAAAUGGAAUCAAUGGUACAGGUGUCAAUGUCAGUAUGGUACCAGGUCGAUUAAAUCAAGCGCUGAGUUUUACAUCAAACACUUCGUAUUAUCAGGUAUGCCUAUUUCCAUUCGUUUUCAGACGGUUUAGAUUCAAAUACGUUUAUAUUAUUCGUAGUUGAGCAACGUUUUCGAAUAAUCUUUGAAUAAAUCAUACAUUCGCAAAAUUAAAAAACAAUUUAUCGCGGAAACUUAGACAUUGGUUUCAUUGUACAAGACCUAAAACUUUUUCAUACCAAAAAAUGAAACUUUCAAAGCUUAAUUAUAAACUUAGCCCAUCUACAGUAUAGAAAACAAAAAUACGUCAUUAUCAGAAUAGAUAAUUACCAGAGACAAUUCUGAUAAGACUUUUUUGUCUGAACCUCAACUUCAUGGUCUUAUACAGAAAACAAUUUUAUAUAUGAGAUUUCUAAUUCGAGUUAAUAAGGGAAGAAGGCUUUCUUUCACUCUGUUAUAAAUUGCUAGCUUAUUUUUACAAAGUCAAAAGAAAACGUAUAUCUGUAUCAAAUAUUAGUAAGUUGAUAUGUUUUGCUUUCAAUAUUUGGUAUCACAACAGGUAGAAAUCUCGCGCUUAGAGUAUAAGUAAAAUUUUUCGAUGGAAACUUUGAUAUCUUUCGAGCAGAAAAGUAAAUGCGAAAAUUCACUAUUUGUACAAUAGGUUUCCUAUAGCUGCAUUCUAAUUCUAAUACUCUGAUUAUUCAACUAGGCAGAGAAGUAUAUGCUCAGAUCAGUUCCUAUAACAACGAAAGAAUAACUAAACAAACAUAGUGGAAUCGAUGAUAUAACCCCACGAAAAGUGUUCAAAUUAAUGACGUACUGAUCAAUUUCAAAAGUUUAAUGGAUAAUAUUAAAGAUGAGAAAGAUUAUAAAAAUGAUAAUUAUGAUGUUUUCGAUUUGAACAAGAUGCUCUUCUCUAUAAUAAAUACUGUAAAUCUUAGACAUUCGUGAUUAUUCUAGAUUAUUUCGCAUUGUUUUGAAGGAUGACUACUGUGAAUAAAUUUUUGUAUUGUAAAUCUAAUCAUUUGAUUAUUGUUAUGGAUCUUAUCGCCAGUUAUUUAGUUCCACUACUUCCACAGUCUUGUUUACUUCACAAAUAUGCUUUUUCUGAAUUGCACUUUGGUGAUCUACUUUGGAUAGUUCAGCUUUUAGACGUUUGAAAUUGAACCUUCAAGUGAGUUUCUCGUAGUCAGACGAUUUUUCAUAAAGAAAUGAAGUUUCGAUGAGCAAAUUCACACUUCAUACGAAUGUAGCUCUGACGAGGGAACAUAUGCAAGUGUAAAAUUGCUUUUGAGUUCGGACUCUGUGCAUAAGGUAGACCCCAGUGAGGUAUGAAAAACCCUAAAAGGAUAAGGGCUGUUAGGUCUUCUGUCCAGAGU